GGUAAAGCUUGCGCGGCUGACAGCUGCGGGCUGCUCCUCUAAUCCUCCUCCGGCGCAGUUUUUCUAAGCGGCAGCCUUCGUGACAUCAUGUCAGACUUUGAGGAGUUUGAGAAGCAGCUGACGGAGAACCGACAAGAGCGAGAACGAGAGAGGCACAGAAAGCGAAGUCACAGCGACUCUCCCGAGGCGGGCGACAAGCAUCGCAGCCGGGACCGCAAGAGCCGGGACCGCCGCAGCUCCUCCCGGGACCACAAGAAGCACAGCCACUCCCCGAGGCGAACGAGGAAGAAAAGGAUUUGUAAAUACUGGGAUGUUCCUCCUCCGGGCUUCGAGCACAUCACACCCGCACAAUACAAAGCUAUGCAAGCUGCUGGUCAGAUACCAGCCGUGGCUCUGCUGCCUUCAGCCUCCAGCACCGGAGCGGCUGCGGCGCCGACACCCGUUUCCAUCGUCGGCAGCCAGAUGACCCGACAGGCCCGUCGCCUUUAUGUUGGAAACAUCCCGUUUGGAGUCACCGAGGAGUCCAUGGCAGAGUUCUUCAACGCUCAGAUGCGUCUGGCCGGCCUCUCUCAGACUCCCAGUAAUCCAGUCCUCGCGGUUCAGAUUAAUCAGGACAAAAACUUUGCCUUCUUGGAGUUUCGGUCGGUGGACGAGACGACGCAGGCUAUGGCCUUCGAUGGGAUCAUCUUCCAGGGUCAGUCGCUGAAGAUCAGACGACCUCACGACUACCGGCCUUUACCGGGUAUCUCAGAGCAGCCGGCUUUCCACGUCCCAGGGGUUGUCUCCACCGUUGUUCCUGAUUCCCCUCAUAAACUGUUCAUCGGAGGCCUGCCUAAUUACCUGAAUGACGACCAGGUUAAAGAACUGUUGAUGUCAUUCGGAUCACUCAAAGCCUUCAACCUGGUGAAGGACAGUGCCACGUCUCUGUCCAAAGGCUACGCCUUCUGUGAAUAUGUGGACAUCAGCGCCACUGACCAGGCGGUCGUCGGGCUCAACGGGAUGCAGCUGGGUGAUAAGAAGCUCAUCGUUCAGAGGGCGAGUGUUGGAGCUAAAGGUGCCAACUUGACCUCCAUCAUAGAGACCCCGGUCACUCUGCAGAUUCCUGGCUUGCAGAGGCUGCAGAACUCCGGCAUGCCCACCGAGGUGUUGUGUCUCCUCAACAUGGUGAUGCCCGACGAGCUGGUGGACGAUGAGGACUAUGAGGAGAUCUUGGAGGACAUCCGCGAUGAAUGCUGCAAGUACGGCAACGUCCUCUCCAUCGAGAUCCCCCGACCGUUGGAAGGAGUGGAAGUCCCCGGCUGUGGAAAGAUCUUUGUGGAGUACGUUUCUGCUGCAGACUGUCAAAAAGCCAUGCAGGCUCUCACCGGCCGCAAGUUCGCCAACCGAGUGGUGGUGACCAAAUACUACGACCCUGACAUGUACCAUCGACACGCGUUCUGAUCCGUUUCUGUUGUUUAGAGACUGGACCUGAAAAAGAUCACGAACAUUGACCUCAAACCAGCUGGA